GGCUGCACCAGGGCUUCUCCCUGCCCAGAGAGCCAGCCUGGGCGGCGUGAGCGCAGCGAUAAGGCUCCCGGAGCAAGGAAUGUGCCCACCCUCUAGCCGUGUCCCAGGAACUUUUGCUGACGAUUCCAGUUUCCCCACGGAACAUUCUGGCAAUGGUGAAGGCCUCGAUCCCUUCUCUGUUUUGCUGUCAGCCAUGACCGGAUGGAUGUGAUGCUUGUGAGCCGGAAGGGGUGACAAGUGACCUUUUGAGGUGACUGUAACUGAAGAUUGCUUUACAGAAGCCAAAAAAGGUUCUUGAGUCAUGAUGCAAGAAUCUGGGACUGAGACAAAAAGCAACGGGUCAGCCAUCCAGAAUGGGUCCAGCGGCGGCAACCACCUGCUAGAGUGCGGCGCGCUCCGGGAGGGACGGUCCAACGGGGAGGCGCCGGCCACCGAGCUCGGGGCAGCUGACCUGGCCCACGUCCAGCAGCAGCAGGCUCUCCAGGUGGCCAGGCAGCUCCUGCAACAGCAGCAACAGCAGCAGCAGCAGCAGCAGCAGCAGCAGCAAGUUAGUGGACUCAAGUCCCCCAAGAGGAAUGACAAACAGCCGACGCUUCAGCAGCAGCAGGUGGCCACCCAGCAGCUGGCGUUCCAGCAGCAGCUCCUCCAGAUGCAGCAGCUCCAGCAGCAGCACCUGCUGUCCCUGCAGCGCCAAGGCCUCCUGACCAUCCCGCCCGGGCAGCCCGCCCUCCCCCUGCAGCCUCUUGCUCAAGGCAUGAUUCCAACGGAGCUGCAGCAGCUCUGGAAGGAAGUGACAGGCGUGCACACUGCAGAAGAAGCCCCGAGCAACAACCCCAGCAGCCUGGACCUGACCACCUGCGUGUCCUCCUCCGCCCCCGCCAAGGCCUCCCUGGUGAUGAACCCACAUGCCUCCACCAACGGCCAGCUCUCGGUGCACACGCCCAAGAGGGAGAGCCUGUCCCACGAGGAGCACCCGCACAGCCACCCUCUGUACGGACACGGCGUGUGCAAGUGGCCCGGCUGCGAGGCCGUGUGCGAGGACUUCCCGUCGUUUCUCAAACAUCUCAACAGCGAGCAUGCGCUGGACGAUAGAAGUACCGCCCAGUGUAGAGUUCAGAUGCAGGUGGUACAGCAGUUAGAGCUACAGCUCGCUAAAGACAAAGAGCGUCUUCAGGCCAUGAUGACGCACCUGCACGUGAAGUCCACGGAGCCCAAAGCCGCCCCUCAGCCCCUCAAUCUGGUGUCCAGCGUCACGCUCUCCAAGUCCGCCUCCGAGGCCUCUCCGCAGAGCUUACCUCACACCCCCACGACCCCCACCGCCCCGCUGACUCCCGUCACCCAAGGCCCCUCCGUCAUCACCACCACCAGCAUGCACACGGUGGGACCCAUCCGCAGGCGGUACUCGGACAAGUACAACGUGCCCAUUUCUUCAGCAGAUAUUGCGCAGAACCAAGAAUUUUAUAAGAACGCAGAAGUUCGACCGCCAUUUACGUAUGCAUCCCUAAUCAGACAGGCCAUUCUUGAAUCUCCGGAAAAGCAGCUCACGCUGAAUGAAAUCUAUAACUGGUUCACGCGAAUGUUUGCUUACUUCCGGCGCAACGCAGCCACGUGGAAGAAUGCAGUGCGCCAUAAUCUUAGUCUCCACAAGUGUUUUGUGCGAGUAGAGAACGUUAAAGGGGCAGUGUGGACGGUGGAUGAAGUAGAGUUCCAAAAGCGAAGGCCACAAAAGAUCAGUGGUAACCCUUCCCUCAUUAAAAACAUGCAGAGCAGCCACGCCUACUGCACACCUCUCAAUGCAGCUUUACAGGCUUCGAUGGCUGAGAACAGUAUACCUCUAUACACUACCGCUUCCAUGGGCAACCCCGCCCUGGGCAACCUAGCCAGCGCCAUGCGGGAGGAGCUGAACGGGGCCAUGGAGCACGCCAACAGCAACGAGAGCGACAGCAGCCCCGGCCGGUCCCCUAUGCAAGCCGUGCAUCCCGUUCACGUCAAGGAAGAGCCCCUCGAUCCGGAGGAAGCCGAAGGGCCGCUGUCCUUGGUGACGACAGCCAACCACAGUCCAGAUUUUGACCAGGACAGAGAUUACGAGGACGAGCCAGUCACCGAGGACAUGGAGUGAACACCUGGGCGGGGCGGGGCCGGCCCGAGCGCGAAGACCGCGGCAGGCAGACGGAACAAAACAGAAACCCUGCCAGACGCUGGCAGCGGGAUUGCUCUCCCUGGGUCGAGCCGGCUGGAGGAUUUUCACGAACGCGUUGACGACUCUGAGACGUGUUGACUCUUAGUGCCAUCAAAAGUCCCAUUUGGGAGUAUUUUUGAUUUUUCUACUUUUUGUUGAAAAAGGAAUUUGUACUCUGUGCGUUGGACGGACUCGUUUGGUACUUGGGAUCUUCCUCUGUUCACAGUCAACAUCAGUGUUGUACAUUUGCUAAACUGAGAUUCACUUUCAGCAGCAGACUUUGAACUGCAGUCCCGCCGGCGUUGGACGCGCGGCGCCCGCCCGAGCCGCGGACCGCGCCUCUGCCAGAGUCCACGGGUUCCAAUGGACGGCCUGUUGCACAGUACCGCAUGUUGAUUAUCACUGCCUUUACGCCUUUUGGUUUUUUUGUUUUUCUGUUUUUUGGU